ACCGAGUGUACCGAGUACCAGCUGGACCAAGUGUACCGAGUGUACCAGCUGGACCGAGUGUACCAGCUGAACCGAGUGUACCGAGUACCAGCUGGACCAAGUGUACCGAGUGUACCAGCUGGACCGAGUGUACUAGCCGGACCAAGUGUACAAUAUAGACCAAGUGUACCGAGUGUACCAGCUGGACUAAGUGUACCAACUGGACCAAGUGUACCGAGUGUACCAGCUGUACCGAGUGUACCAGCUGUACCGAGUGUACCAGCUGGACCGAGUGUAUCAGCUGGACCAAGUGUACCGAGUGUACCAGCUGAACCGAGUGUACUAGCUGGACCAGGUGUACCAGCUGGACCAAGUGUACCGAGUGUACCAGCUGAACUGAGUGUACUAGCUGGACCAGGUGUACCAGCUGGACCAAGUGUACCGAGUGUACCAGCUGUACCAAGUGUACCAGCUAGACCAAGUGUACCAGCUGGACCAAGUGUACCGAGUGUACCAUCUGUACCGAGUGUACCAGCUGGACCAAGUGUACCAGCUGGACUGAGUGUACCAGCUGGACCAAGUGUACCAGCUGAACCGAGUGUACCAGCUGGACCAAGUGUACCGAGUGUACCAGCUGUACCGAGUACCAGCUGGACCAAGUGUACCGAGUGUACCAGCUGGACCGAGUGUACUAGCUGGACCAAGUGUAACGGUCGUACCAGGUGGACUAAGUGUACCAGCUGGACCAAGUUCACCGAGUGUACCAGCUGGACCAAGUGUACCGAGUGUACUAGCUGGACCAAGUGUACCAGCUGUACCGAAUGUACCGGCUGUAUCGAGUGUAUCAGUUGGACCAAGUGUACCGAGUGUACCAGCUGAACCGAGUGUACUAGCUGGACCAGGUGUACCAGCUGGACCAAGUGUACCGAGUGUACCAGCUGAACUGAGUGUACUAGCUGGACCAGGUGUACCAGCUGGACCAAGUGUACCGAGUGUACCAGCUGUACCAAGUGUACCAGCUAGACCAAGUGUACCAGCUGGACCAAGUGUACCGAGUGUACUAGCUGGACCAAGUGUACAAUCUGGACCAAGUCUACCGAGUGUACCAGCAGGACUAAGUGUACCAGCUGGACCAAGUGUAUCGAGUGUACUAGCUGGACUAAGUGUACUGAGUAUACCAGCUGUACCGAGUGUACCGGCUGUAUCGAGUGUAUCAGCUGGACCAAGUUUACAGAGUGUACUAGCUGAACAGAGUGUACUAGCUGGACCGAGUGUACCAAAUGUACCAGCUGUACCGAGUGUACCAGCUGGACCAAGUGUACCAGUAGUACCGAGAGGAAAAGGAUUCUGACAUUUUUCAGCUGUUUCUAAAAAACAAUAGAGUGCAGUCAAACUUUAAAUGAUCUUUUACCUUGGAUUGUCUUUGACUAUAGAUGAUCUUUCACUAUAGAUGAUCUUUGACCAUAGAGUGUCUUUGCCUAAAGAUGAUCUUUGAGCAUAGAUGAUCUUGGACUAAAGAUGAUCUUUGACAAUAGAUGAUUUUCGACCAUACCUGAUAUUCGACUCUAGAUGACCUUUGCCUGUAUAUAUGACCUUUGACUCAAGAUGAUCUUUGACCAUAGAGGAUUUUUGACUGUCGCCGAUCUACGAUUAUAGAUGAUUUUUUACUGUAAAGUAUCUAUGACUAAAGAUGAUCUUUGAUUAUAGAAGAUCUUUGACUGUAGCUGAUCUUGGACUGAAGAUGAUCUUUAACCAUAAAUAAUCUUUGACUGUAGCCGAUCUACGAUUAUAGAUGUUUUUUGAUCAUAAAUAAUCUGUGACGAUAGCUGAUCUUUGACCAUAAAUGAUCUUUGACUAUAGCUGAUCCUUGACCAUAGAUGUUUAUUUGGAUGUGAGGAAUACUUUGAGGACUAUUCAAAAAGGCCAAAUGGUAAGUGACAACGCGUGUGGAAGAAACAAGUGAGUUGGAUCAUUCUGAUUUCAAUGACAUCCUUCAUAUAUGUUAAUUAGGCUUCAUUCAUAGAAAUCCCAUUUUGCUUUCAUGUGAUUUAUGUUUAAACUUUAAAUCUUAUAUUUCAUGUUGGAUUAAAAUAUUUCUGUACUGA